AGACGACAAACCCUUCAAGAGGCGCAUUUAUCUCGUGCCAUAAACUGGAAGAAAUACAGAAAAAUGGCACAAAACGGCACAAAACGAAGAAAGAUCGCUCAUGAUUCUGCUGAUCAUGAGACUCAAGAUCAGAACAACUCAAGAAGCGCUCAGAAGUCUUUCUUUAAGAACGCUUCAAAUUGGAAUCUCGAACAAGACUAUGAGACGCGCCCACGCAAAGGCAAGAAGCAAAAGGAGAGCAACAGGCUCCCCAUCAAGACAGCAGAUGGUCGAAUUGAGCAAGCUGAAGGACAAGACGAUGAGACGGCGUCAAUUGAGAGCGACACUGAAUGGCUAGAUGGCCGCGAGGAUGAAGUGGAGGAGCCUGAGGAGGACGAGGAAGAAGAAGAGCCUGAGAUCCCAGAGCCCCAGCAGAUUCUCGCCGCACAGGAAGAGCUAGCAAAGAUUGCUAUGCAAAUGAACGAGAACCCAGAGGAACAUGUCGGCGCAUUCAAGGCCCUCGCCAAGAUCGGGCAAUCUAAGAUCAUUGCCAUCCAGAUGCUUGCCCUCAUGACCCAAAUGUCCGUCUAUAAGGAUGUUAUUCCUGGAUACCGUAUACGUCCCCAGACUGAGAACGGACCCAAGGAAAAGUUAUCCAAGGAAGUGCGCACAUUGCGACAGUAUGAGCAAGCUCUCGUUUCUGGAUAUCAGAACUACAUCAAGGAGCUUGCUCGAUGUUCCAAGCUCGAGGUCAGGGCUGCAAAAGGCGGACAGAGUUUGGCUACUAUCGCUAUCACUUGUGCCUGCACUCUCGUCACGUCGGUUCCACACUUCAACUUCCGCACAGAUUUGCUCAAGAUUCUUGUUACGAAGCUCAGCCGGCGCAAGAUUAAUCAAGAUGGCGUCAAGUGUCUAGAGGCUCUUCAGACGCUUUUCAAGGAGGACGAAGAAGGGCGACCGACAAAUGAUGCGGUGGCUCUACUUUCCAAGAUGAUGAAGGCUCGCGAGUUUCAGGUCGACGAGAGUGUUGUGAACCUCUUCCUAAGCCUGCGUCUCCUCUCCGAAUUCUCGGGUAAGGCAUCCAAAGACCGCGUCGAGAAUGAUGAUGCACCCCUCAAGAGGAAAAAGAAGGAGUUUAGAACCAAGCGACAUCGCAAGGCACUCAAGGAGCAAAAGGCCCUAGACAAGGACAUGGCCAACGCAGAUGCAUCAUUCAGUCACGAGGAGCGUGAUCGUAUGCAGUCCGAGACGCUCAAACUUGUAUUUGCAAACUACUUCCGCAUUCUGAAGCUACGCAUGCCUCAUCUCAUGGGUGCUGUUCUUGAAGGUCUUGCCAAGUACGCCCAUCUCAUCAACCAGGACUUCUUUGGUGAUCUGCUAGAAGCGCUCAAGGAUCUUAUCCGACACAGUGAAGAAGACGCCGCUGAGGGCCCCAAUGAUGAGGAGGGUAAGGAGGAUGAAGAAGACGAUGAUGAUAUCCCCGUUCGCAACCUAACCCGAGAGGCUCUUCUCUGUACCGUCACAGCAUACGCCCUGCUCGAAGGUCAAGACGCUCACAACUCGCGCAACGAUCUUCAUCUCGACCUCUCCUUCUUUACAACACACCUCUUUAAGUCCCUUCUCACACUCUCAACAAACCCCGAUGUCGAGCUGACACGCCCUACCAACGCAACCAACGCAACCACCAAGAUCAAUGUCCAGACCACAACAGUUCUUCUCCUCCGAGCACUGACCGGCAUUCUUCUUCCACCCUGGAACAUUCGCUCCGUACCUCCCAUGCGACUAGCCGCCUUUUCCAAGCAGCUGAUGACAGCAGCACUCCAGCUCCCUGACAAGUCGUGUCAGGCUGUUUUGGUUCUUCUCAGCGAUGUAGCGCAUACACACUCGAAGAAGGUCCGUAGUCUAUGGAAUACCGAGGAGCGCAAGGGAGAUGGUCGAUAUAAUCCUGUGAGCGAUAGCGUUGAAGGUAGCAACCCGUUUACAGCAACGGUGUGGGAGGGCGAACUGUUAAGGAAACAUUACUCGCCCAAGGUCAGAGAGGGUGUCAAGAUACUAGAGAAGGGUAUGUCCGAGUAAAUGGUUUGAUGAGUAGAAAUACAUCAGCGCUGUGUGUGCACUUAAUUUUGGAAUCCAAAUCCCCCCUAAUUAAAAUUUGAGUUCACGAGCCAAUAACUAAGAUGUGUUUUACACUCAUGUGUAUUUUUCUAUUGCCUUCCUGUAUGGAAAAACCAACUAUGGGCUUGAUUUACAUGGAUACAUACAAUUAGACGCUCUGGCAUCAGUUGAGACGCUUCGAUUCUUGUGCCCUAUGAGAAUCCUAUCCGGAACCUGUGAAUACCAUAUCCUUCCUUCCCUUACUUAGCCCACAUAGAUGCACGCAGGCCCUUAGUAGGCUUUCUCGGGGCACGAACUACCCCCUCCUUCUCGUCAACAGUG